AUGCCAAAUGUUGCAAUGAAUGGGAAAACCUGCAACGCGAAAUACGUUACUGCCGAAGAGGGCGUAACCAAGGUCAUUCUACCCGGUCAGCGUGUCCCAUCACAGCGGAGGCGGCCCUGGGUGUGUGGAUGGACCAAGUUAGAGCUGGUGCUUCUCUUCACUUGCUUUCUUCUUGCUGCCGUCAUCAUCGCACUUAUCAUUGUUUUAGCGUCGAAACCAUCAGUCCAAGCUGCCUCGUCUGGACUCUGUGACUCCGAACAAUCCCGACAUGCAAAUCAGUCGAAAUCACAACCGGGUUAUGAGAUCCCGCCAGGAUUAACGUUCAAGAACGUUUGUGUCACUCCAGGGUGUGUCAAUGCCGCUUCGAGGAUUCUGAAGUCCAUAGAUCCAUCCGUGGAGCCGUGUGAAAACUUUUUUGACUUCUCCUGCGGCAACUGGAACAAACUAAACGUUAUCCCUGACGACAAGGGACUCAUUGAUACCUUUUCUAAACUGGAGGAUGAGAAGCAGGUGCAUCUCAAAAGUUUGCUCGACCAGCCUGUUAACCCCAAGGUUGACACCGAAGCAACAAUUAAAGCCAAGACUCUCUUCAAGUCCUGCUUGAACGAAACUCAGAUAGACCUGCAGGGGUUGGAUCCAGUCAGGACAUUCCUCGCUGACCUGGGCGACUGGCCAGUUCUCGUCGCCGACAGUUGGGACGCAGACAGCAGUGUGAAUGUAGUUGACUUGAUGGUCAAGCUGGCUCUGGUCAACAGCAAAAUCCUCAUCGACCAGUGGGUGUCUGCAGACGACAAGGAUUCUGAAGUUAACAUUAUUCAGCUCGACCAGCCGGAUUUGGGGAUGCCGUCGGCGGAUUACUUCCUGCACUCGGAGGCCGCGAGCAAGCUGGAAGCCUAUAAAAAGUUUGCCCAGGAUGUUGCCGUUAUGCUGGGUGCUCAGACAGGCGUGGCAGCGAAAGAUAUUGAGGAUAUGGUGAAUUUUGAAAUUGAGCUGGCUAAGAUAAUCAUCCCCAAAGAAGAACGUAGAGACAGCGAGGAGAUGUACAAUAAGAAGACAAUCCUAGAGUUCUCAGAGAAGGUUCCUGGGUUUGAAUGGCUAGAUUAUCUCCAGAAGAUAUUUUCCCAAGUGGACAAAAAGAUCAACCAGACAGAGAAGAUCGUUGUCUGUGCUUUUCCCUACUUCGACAGAUUUGCUAAACUGUAUUCCAGUGUUCCGAAAAGAGUCAAAGUGAACUAUCUCUUCUGGCGGACCAUGAUGAAACUGAUCCAGUUUUUACCCCGACAAUACAGGAAUGUCCGGAACGACUUCUCCAAGACAAUCUUUGGUUCACAUGCCGAGCCCGAGCGAUGGUACGAGUGUGUGAGUUACGCCAACGACCAAAUGGGCAAUGCUGUAGGAAGACUUUUCGUGCAGGCAUAUUUCGACGAAGACUCCAAGGAAAGGGCCCUAGAGAUGAUUCACGACAUCCGACGUGUUUUCUAUGAGAUUCUAAACGAGACAGACUGGAUGGACGAACCCACUAAAAAAGUCGCAAAGGAAAAAGCUGAAGCUAUCACAGAGAAAAUAGGAUAUCCGGAUUACAUUUUGAAUGACACGGCGCUAAAUGAAGAAUAUAAGGAUGUUGAGUUCUAUCCAGAUAAAUAUUUUGAAAAUACGAUAAUCAGUUUUAGACACAUUGUAAGACUGAACCUCAAGAAACUCCGAGAGCCGGUUGACAAAACCAAGUGGUCAACCACUCCGGCUGUGGUCAACGCAUUCUACAGCUCUAAUAAAAACCAAAUAAUGUUUCCAGCUGCCAUCUUGCAGCCUCCAUUCUACAGUAAAGAUUAUCCGCAGAGCCUGAACUAUGGCGGAAUUGGCAUGAUAAUUGGGCAUGAGAUCACACACGGGUUUGAUGACCGGGGUCGCCAAUACGACAAGAACGGGAUCCUGGUCCAGUGGUGGGAUGACGAAGUCAUCAAGAAAUUUAAGGAGCGGGCGCAGUGCAUCAUUGACCAGUACAGCAACUUUACUGUGCCUGAAGUGAACAUGAAACUCAACGGAAUUCAAAGCCAAGGGGAAAAUAUUGCAGACAACGGCGGACUGAAAGAAGCUUACAGGGCCUACAGGAAAUACGUAGACCAGCACGAAGAUGCCGCGCCCAGGUUGCCAGGGUUACUUCAGUUUACAAGUGAUCAGCUUUUCUUUAUCUUUAUCAUUUUUUUUGGACAUUUGCCCUGCACAGCUAACACAUUUGUAUCUUCGAUGACCCAGAUAUGGUGUGGUGUUUCCAGACCUGAGGCAGCCAUCAAUAAGGUCAAGACAGGUGUUCACAGUCCAGGCCGCUUUCG